AUGGAAGCAGAAAAACACACAGAAGUAUCACAAUUCCUCCUCAUGGGCUUCUCAGAAGAUCCUGAACUGCAGCCCCUUCCCUCUGGGCUGUUCCUGUCCAUGUACCUGGUCACAAUGCUCAGGAAUCUGCUUGUAAUCCUGCCCAUAUGCUCUGACUCUCACCUGCACACCCCCAUGUACUUCUUCCUUUCCAUCCUUUCCUUGGCUGACAUCUGUUUUACCUCCACCACGAUUCCAAAGAUGUUAGUGAACAUCCAAACGCAAAGCAAAGACAUCUACUACAUAGGAUGCCUCACUGAGAUGUAUUUUGUAAUGAUGUUUGGUGGACUGGAUAAUUUCCUGCUGACUGUGAUGGUCUAUGACUGGUUUGUAGCCAUCUGCCACCCUCUUCACUAUAUGGUCAUCAUGAACCCCUACCUCUGUGGCCUCCUGGUUCUGAUGCCUUUAUUCAUCGUGUCUCUGGUUGCCAUGGUUCAUGUUCUACUGAUCACAAGACUGACCUUCUCUGUAGGCACUGAAAUCCCACAUUUCUUCUGUGAAAUGGCUCAUCUCCUCAAGAUGACCUGCUCUGAUCCCCUCAUUGAUACCAUCAUAUUGUAUGUGUCAAAUGUGUUUCUGGGUGUGUUUCCUGUCAUGAGGAUCCUAUUCUCUUAUUCUCAGAUAUUCUCCUCCUUAAUGAGGUUGUCAUCCAUGGCAGGCAAGUAUAAAGCAUUUUCCACCUGUGGGUCUCACCUCUGUGUGGUCUGCUUGUUCUAUGGAACAGGACUUGGGGUCUACCUGAGUUCUUCUAGGACACAUUCUUCCCAGAGAACUUCUAUUGCCUUAGUGAUGUACACAGUGGUCACCCCCAUGCUGAAUCCCUUCAUCUACAGCCUGAGUAAUAAGCAUGUGAAGGGGGCUCUGGGAAGACUUCUCAUCAGAACAGCCUCUUGCCUGUGA